UGGUCAUUUCUGUACAAGGUGGUCCGUGUGAAAUGUGCUUCUUUAUAUGAUGGUCAGCUCUUUACAGUCUGUUUUCCUUGUUAAAAAAUAGUUUUAUUUCGUGUACAGGUGCAAACAUGUAGCUGUGCAGUCGGUGAUGUGUGUAAAAAUAACAACUGUUUAACGAAAGAAUGUUCAUUAACUACACAACUUGAAAAUGUAGAACUUGUUGGGAACAUGAAUACAAUAGGGUCAGAAAUAAUGUACACCUGUAACCCUGGGUAUGUCAAUAUUGGACAAGACAGUGCCAAGUGUCUCACGCAUGGGGUUUGGUCCAAUCAACCUGACUGUGUUAUAGAUUGUGGAACACCGUCGUCAGUAACCGGUGCGAGUCGUUCAUAUUCCUCCACUGUUUUGGACUCUAUUGUCACGUACGCCUGUAAGACUGGCUAUUCUCACACUGAUGGAGACUUACAGCGUGUUUGUGACUCGGACGGUAAUUGGGGCGGGAUGUUGCCAACAUGCACUGUGGAUUGUGGAACACCAUCUUCAGUGACUGGUGCAGAUAGCUCGUAUUCCUCUACUGUUGUGAGCUCCAUCGUCACCUACGCCUGUCAGAAUGGCUUCACGCACACCAGUGGAGACUUACAGCGUGUUUGUGGCUCAGACGGUAAUUGGGGCGGGAUAUUGCCAACAUGCACUGUGGACUGUGGGACACCGGCUACGACUUCAGGUGCUAGCAAAAGUUACGUUUCAACAACUGAAGGCUCAACCGUCACGUAUACAUGUUCCAGCGGUUACAUCCUCAUUGGUGGGGAUUUACAACGUGACUGUGGUAACGAUGGUCAAUGGAGUGGAAGCUUACCGCAGUGUGUUCCUGGUUGCUCCGAGCUCCCAAAUGUUCCCAAUUCUAACGUGAGCCCUGGUGGACUAACCCAAGGUACACAACGCAUGGUCACAUGCACAUCUGGGAACUAUUUUGCCACUGGUGUUACGUCAAUAGUUGCAACAUGUCUGUCUGGAGGUGUGUGGUCUAACAUAGAUACCAUAUGUCCAAGAGAUUCUAUUGGAGCUAACUGCCCUGGUUGUGGUAUUUUAAGAGAUUGUGAAGAUGUGCAAAGUCUUGGACUGAAAUCAACCGGAUCUUACUUGAUUUACCCAACCGGAAAUGCUGGUAUCAGCGUUCGUUGUGAUAUGGAUACAACUUCCGGUGGUUGGACUAUUAUUCAAAGACGGAUAUCUUCGAGUGACUUUUAUAAAACAUGGGCAGAAUAUAAGAAAGGUUUCGGGGAUGUUGAAAGUAACUACUGGCUCGGAAAUGAUAAUAUAGCCACAUUCACAAGUGGAGGCAAUUACAAAAUUCGUUUUGAUUUAUAUGAUAAAAAUAAUGUCCACAAAUAUGCCGAAUAUAGCACAUUUAAAACAACAGGCGAGUCCCAGAAAUACGAACUUACUGUAUCCGGCUACAGUGGAACUGCAGGUGACAGUUUAUCUAUUCAUAACGGACAAAAAUUUUCAACCAAAGAUAAUGACAAUGAUCCUUCUAGCACCACAAAUUGUGCAGUUCUUUACACUGGGGCAUGGUGGUACGAGGCUUGUCAUGACUCAAAUCUUAACGGUAUGUAUGGAAGCUCUGAAUCAGGGAAAGGCGUUAUUUGGUUUACAAUAAGCGGCAUCACAGAGUCAUUGCUGAAAACAGAAAUGAAAAUCAAACGUAAAUGAUAUAGGCAGUCAUCUCUUUCUUCACCUCAAGUCCUUUGAUUCGAUAGUAUGAUACAUGUACAUGUCAUUGACGAAUACAUUUAGUGCAUAGUCGUUUCAACAUAUAUUUGUAUAGCAUAUUCAAUAUACAAUACGUAUAUUAGAGUAACUGUUAGCUGCACAUAAUAAAUAAAAAAAUAUAAUGAAAUUCAUCUUCUAUCCCAUUACUAGGACAAAACUGACAUAAACGUUCCUCGCGGGGUAUUCUAUUGGCACCAUACCUGUUUCAAUCCCAAUCCGAAGUUUAUGUGAUAUAGUCUUAAUCUUACUAAGCCAUUUUAAUUAGUUUUAUUAUGGAGAAAUUUUUAGGUAGGUGGCAAUUUCAAAUGAGUUAUACAAAUGUACAUAUAUAUUACUUAACAAUGGACUGUUUGAAAUACCACUUGAAAGCUUUUGCAAAAAGCAGUCAAGUAAGCCUUUGUUUAAAAAGUUUAACAAAACAUUUGGCUUUUUAUUCAGAAAACCCAUACUCAUUUAGUAUUCUAUGCUCUUAAGAAGCCCAUCAUUGAUUGUUGUUUUCAUGUAAUUUAACUCGAGCAUACAUGCAGUUUUCAAAAAUUAAUUAUUUUAAGCCAUAUAUAACUUGCUUAUAUCGUUUAAUAAAUAAUGGAUAAGGAGCUAAUUCGCUAUAAAUUGCUGCAGUACAAAUACUUUGUUUCACUUACAGAAUUUAAGAUGUAAUCGUUCAAUAUCCUUAAAUAUUUGUAUUAUGCUACAAAGCAGCGAGUUGAAUUACUGUAAAUCAAUGUAUAAAUUUGUGUUGUUAUAUUUAAUAAUGAUAUUGUUUAAUCUUGAAAUUACUUGAUUAUGUGUCUAUUAUAAAACAUUGUUUAACCACUGUUCUUAGGAAUCUUAUCACAGCAUAUGAUUAAGUCAAUAAUCCACUUUCUAUAUUUAUAAGAAUGUAAACGCUUUAUUAUAGCUAACCUUUACUUAAGAACUAAAUGCUGUUAACGUUCAUUCUCCAAAAACAUGUAAACCGAAUAUUUUGUGCUACAACUGUUGUUCAUGUACCAGGUUAUCUCAUAUAAUACUGUUUGUUUUUUUCUUUUUUUAGCUGAAUUAUGAUUAAAUGCACAUUUUCGGUAGAUUUCUUAAUUUCAUAAAUUGUUCUAUUACGUUCCACUUUUUGCUUCUUUUCAUUAAUGAAAACACACAAUUCGCACCAUGUAAAUGGGUACUCCCAAAACCUAUAUAUUUAUCAUUUUAUUACUUUUUCCAGAAGAUUUCCCAUGAUUCCUAGGUAAUUGUCAUUCUUAAUCGUUAUCGUCAUUGUUUCACUAAGAUUGAUAUGAGUGGAUUUUUUUUCAAUAUUCUUGUAAAUAAUAUUAACUUUUGUAAUUACUUUAACAACGAUACGUAUUUCCAUAUAAGUUAAACCAUUGGCUAGGAAGCAUAAAACAAUGACUGAUAAAUGUUUUAAUGUGCUUUCACCAAUGUAUGUCGACAAAUAAGAAUGUGUCCAAAAUGUUAUUGACAAGAUUCGAAAUGAAUCUCGUAUUGUGUGUGGUGCUACAAAACUUAAAUUUAAGAUAAACUCCAUAAUGAAGUUCUAGGGAAUCCUUAGAAUAUCGUAGAAAUAACCAUAAGUUUGUUUUACUAUAUGCUUAUCUAACUUUAUAAAAUGAAAAAGAAAUACUUAACAGUUUACUAGAUGAAACUUGAAGGUUCAAUCUACGCAAUGCUACGAAUAUGCAGUCUUUUUGAGCACGAAAAUGUUUUCUACCAUCUGUCCUUCCUAGUGAAGUAGACAAUUUACGAUCACUCCUCUCUUUCAAAUCACAUUUGAGACAAACAGCUGUAAAUGCCCCAUUUAUUUCUAUGAAGGCGAUAGGAAGCGGCAGAUCUAUCACGCUUUACUUCCUACUGAAUGUUGUUCUCUAAAAAUUUUGAGCCGCGUCACGACAAAACCAACAUGGUGGGUUUGCGACCAGCAUGUAUCCAGACCAGCCUGCGCAUCCGCGCAGUCUGAUCAGGAUCCAUGCUGUUCGCUUACAAACCCUACAACAAAUAGAGAAACUGAUAGCGAACAGCAUGGAUCUUUGACGCGGCUCAGAUCAUCUAUUUAAGGAAAAUCUUUCUCCAUCUCCUCUGUGUCAGUGUGGCAUAGUGGAAAGGAAUUGUGACUUUAUCAUUAAAUGUCAACGCUAUGUUGACAGUAGGGAAUGUCUUCUUAAUAAUAUA